UCCCCGCUGCGGUCCGCGUCUCCUCAGGGAGGGCGGCGCCUCGUGAGGAGAGGCCGCCAUGUCGGGGGCUGAGGCGGCGCGGAGCGGGGCCGGCCCCCCGCCGGUGACCGUCGGCGACGUGCAGGAGCUGGUGCGCAGGAAGGAGGACAUCGAGGCGAAGAUCAAGGCCUACUAUGACGUCCUGGAGGAGCAAAAAGGAGUUGGGAUGAAUGAACCUCUGGUGGACACGGAGGGAUAUCCCCGGGCAGAUGUGGACAUCUAUCAAGUCCGAACUGCAAGGCACAACAUUAUCUGUUUGCAGAAUGACCACAAGGCAAUUAUGAAGCAGGUGGAAGAAGCCCUGCACCAGCUGCACGCCCGCGAGAAGGAGAAGCAAGCGAAGGAUGCCGCUGAAGCCCAAGACGAGGCCAGAAGCCAGAGCCAGAACCUCCCGCGGGCAUUUGCCAAAGUGACCGAUGUCACGGCCGGCUCUCCUGCAAGCAAUUCGGGCCUGCAAGUUGACGAUGAGAUCGUUGAGUUUGGCUCUGUAAACGCUGACAACUUCCAGACGUUGCACAACAUCAGCACUGUGGUGCAGCACAGUGAAGGGAGCCCACUGAGUGUAACGGUGAUCCGAAGUGGUGAGAGGCGCCGGCUUCGACUCACCCCGAUGCGUUGGGCAGGAAAAGGACUCCUGGGCUGCAAUAUUGUUCCCUUGCAAAGAUGAUUGCGUCUCGGAGAACAAUAAAAAACAAGAAGUCACCUCCUGUAGCACCUUGGAUUCUGUUUUGGUUUGAAAUGUCCCAUCUGCAAGGGCUGAUGAGGCUUAGGGGUUUGAAACAGGUUUGAUAUCUUGAAUUCCAAAUGUUAGAGGUGCUGCACUUAAAAGGGUUUUGACCGGCGUAGCCUGACUCCAUUGUGGUUACUCUCAUCUUUAUGCUUUUUGGAGGCUUGUGCUGCCCCUGCUUUGGCUUGCAGUGGAAAUUAAUGUUUUUUUUUGUGGGGAGAGGGAACUGGAGAGAAGUUUGCCAAAUACUUAGCUACUCAGUAUUCUGGAACUGCUUUUUUUCCUCCACAAACAGAUCUAGUUUGCAAAGUGCCGACUGGCCGCUCGUAACAAUUAAAAAAAGGCCAUUUGGUCCUGUCAGAAGCUAAGCUGCAGCUGUCAGUAGGGCUUAGCUGCCCACAGCUUUGAGGUCAGAAUAUGGCCAAAAGUGUGUACCUCUAAAGACUGUCAUCCUUUAGUAAGGGAGCUGUCAAAGUGAGGGCAAUUCUGAUGAGGUUGAAUUUCAGAAUCCAAGUUUUCUGGGAGGAGUGGUUUUAAGGUGCUGUAUAAAGAACAUCUGCAGCAGUACUGAGUAUGCUCAGAAUGCUUUUGUACAUAGACCAAACCGUCUUUCAUAAAGAUGGGACUCAGUUUGGUCCUUGUGGCACAGAUGAGGCCUAAGCUGUACAGAGACAGUCGUUAAACCCCGACUCAGUAUUUGUCUGUGUCUCCGCUCUGUUUUUGUUCAUCAAAUUUGGGGAUUAAAAGUAUGCAAAUUUGUUCGAAACGUGGUUUUGGUCAAAGGUGCCCGUCUUAAUGAACUCUUGUGCCUCCCUUGCUUUCUCGUCCUUGCACAAUGUUCAGAGCGUUAAGGUGACAAUCCCAGCCCGGGGGACAGAAUUGACACUAUUCAUGGGGACUUCAGAGUUAACAGAUCUAGACAUUUUAGGUUUGGUUUUCCUAGAACUCUUAUGAUGCAUUCCAGUGAUUUCAAGUUUCGGCAUUCUUUCCAACUUAAGCCCAGAGCCUGCAUUUUCAGGGUCCAUGGUGUGCUUUUUGCCAUUGUUGCUGCUCCCCUCUGGAGUGUUUGCUUGGAUCAGAUGUCAGAGAACAUAAUAAUUAGAUCCUUAUGUGUGACGUUGCAUUUAUCUUGGGUUCACUUGCCCACCUUGGGGUUUGUGCUGUGUAAUUCUCUUUCCCUCAUGGCAGGAACAUCAAGCUGCCAAACUUGGUGCAAUUCAUUCAUCAUCAACCUAUUGUUUCCGCAAAAAUGUUGCAUUUACUACUGUGCUUUUUGAAUUAGAAGAGUUCUGACUAAUAAGUAUUUUUUAGUGUCUUUCCAGUAGGUCCCUGUCAGUUUAAUAAACACAAAGCUGAGUCAUC